AUGGCGGCGCCUGCCGCUUGUGCUUCACGCAGUAUGAUAGGCAACAAUACGGGCAAAGCCAAUAAAGAACGCAUAAGGAAAAGUAAGGACUCACGGCGGCGCCAGGCAGCCUUGCUGUUUCUUAAAAACAUAUCUUUAGAUGGACGCCCCAUUUACGGUUUGGGUAACGGGAACCCCAGUCAAAGUGAACCCGAGUUCCGAGCUCUGGACGCCCCGGCAAUGGUGGCCGGUCUGCCGCGAUCUGCAACGAGUAGCUGUGCAGCCUUCAGCGACCUGUCACCCUCCGUGAGCGGCGGAGCCGCCACUCCCGGGACGAGGAUCGUGGUCGUCAACCAGGCGCCUAGUUAUGUUCCCUCUGCCGUGGCAGGCUUCAGUACUGCGGGGAGCAGCGAUGCGCUCCUGGAAGGGGGAAGACUCGCCCCGGGCUCCUCACAAGGGACGGUCCUUUCACUGUCUGGGAUACAAUCGAAUCCCCAUCUAACAACCAAUAAGUUGCCGGCCGCGCUGACGGCUCCAAGUGACAGUAUCUCGUCGCUGGAUACGCGGCAAAAGCUCCGAAAUCCAUCUGGCUCCCCAGGACCAAGGCCAGCGAAUAAGAUCCACUUCAUCAAGAGCAUGCGGCAGUAUGACAUUGGGGGCAGCAGGGUUGUGCUGAUCUGUGCCAAGCGCUCCCUGUGUGCUGCCCUCUCCGUCGUCCCAUACGGGCAAAGCAACAAUCUCAGCAAUCUGAAGCUGGAGGCAGACCGACAGCGCCACUCUUCAGGAGGGGCCACCACAAGCCUGGAUGUAGUGCCCACGCUCGAGGGCGUAGAGCUGGGUGCCUAUGGAAAGACGGUGUCAUACGCUCAGUUCCUUCUCCCCACCAAUGCCCUGAUGAGGUGCAAGAGCACCCCCGGGGACACUGCCCGUACCCAGAGAAGCCACACCCCCGCCAGGUUCUCCUGUGCCAUGACCCAGGACGUAGGUGCCGAUGACCUGACCGAGUAUGACCCCAACCUGCUGAGCGACCCUCGGUGGCCCUGUGGGAAGCACAAGCGUGUGCUCAUCUUCGCCUCCUAUAUGACCACAGUUAUUGAGUAUGUAAAACCAUCAGACCUCAAGAAGGACAUGAACGAGACCUUCAGGGAGAGAUUCCCUCACAUCAAGCUCACCCUGAGCAAGAUAAGAAGUCUGAAGCGGGAGAUGCGUACCCUGAGCGAGGAAUGCGGCCUGCAGCCGGUCACCGUGGCGAUGGCCUUUGUCUACUUCGAGAAGCUGGUGCUGCAGGGGCGCCUCAACAAGCAGAACCGCAAGCUGGUGGCGGCGGCCUGUGUCCUGCUAGCCGCCAAGAUCAGCAGUGACCUCCGCAAGCCAGACGUGCGCCUGCUCAUCGACAAGUUGGAGGAGCGUUUCCGCAUUAACCGGCGGGAGCUCAUUGCGCUGGAAUUCACCGUGCUGGUGGCCUUGGAGAUGGCGCUCUACCUGCCGGACAGCAAGGUCAUGCCUCACUACCGCCGGCUGGCACAGCAGCCCUGAAACGUGGCCAGACACCCGCUCAGCAGAUAUGGCGACCAUUUCUUUGUUCUCCCAUGACUCAUGGCCUUUUCUGAAAGCAAUAGACUAAAAGUGACAAUGAUGGCAACAGUGACAGCCACACGGUCCCUGACUGAGCAGCGUCUGCUCUGACAGCUGUUCCCUCUUGUACCAGUGGGUACUGAAAUAGGCUCCUCCUUUUCCCACACUGGUACCAUGAUCUUCUAGCAUCAUAGGAAGACACGUCUAUCUCAGACACAUCUAGACACAUCCAGCUGGUUUGACCUGCUCUUCCAUGUAGAUGCCUUCUUCUGCAGUGAAAUAUUUGUCCUCUGUCAUUCUCGGUGCACAUGAACAUAAUUUUAUUGGAAAAAAAAUGGUGGAAACCUGCACAUUAAAAAUAUGACUUUUUUUUCGUCCUUUCAACUUGAGUAGGCAUUUUACUAAGAUAUAAAUAUGGUCUCUGCAGUCCUAGUCAUUUAGACUGUGCUUUGUGUGUUAACUAAAAUCAGGAUCGGUGUACUCUGGGGAAUGAUUUGCAUCCUCAGAUGUGAAACUGCUUUUAAAAGUAUCUGCAGCCUUAUUUUCUCAGACCUUACUCCAGAGUAGCAUGGUAUUACGUUGCUCUACAUUAGAGAGAAUGCCAACAGGCACAUUUUUGGUGCUGCUGUCUAGGGUAGCUGAAGUCCUAUGAAUUGAUGAUGAUGUUUUAUGGUACGAUCGCAGUUGUUUGAAAAUCUUUUGUAAAACUUCCAUGUGUAUUUUUUUUUAUGAGCAGUUUAAAAAAGGGAUGAUGUUUGUUCAUCAUGUGUAUUUUUUGUGUGACAGUGUUCUUUGUUAAACUCUAACAUGCUUCUCUGUUCUGCACAGUUUUAACCCACUCUAUGAUUUUGUUGGCGUGUCACAAGCGUUUAAAAACAAUAAUAAUAAUGAAUAGUAACCAACUUUCUGAAAAUAAUGUGAAUACAAUGUUUGUUCAUGGUAACGUUUUUGGGAAGUAUUUACCUACAGAAAAAAAAAGCUGUCUGGAGAUUUUUUGUGACUAUGUGGUACUAUAACAUAUGUGCUAUUAUUCUUGAGAUUACCUUGAUUCAUUUUCUUCCUUUUUUAACUGAAACAUUACAUUAAGUACAAUUUCCCAAGCAUGAUGUUACCCCUGAACCAUGUUUUGAUUUGGUCCUUGCUGAUUUUUUUAUGUUCCUUGGGGGGGGGGGGUUAAAACUGAAUGUCUUGUGACAGUCAA